AGACUCGAAAAGUCGGUGCCGUCGUGGAUCAUGUGUUACCUCUUUGAUAAUCAGCCUCAUUUCCCUCCUGCCACAUGUGGGCAGAUGUUUAAACCCGACGCGUAUCACUCCGCCUCCUGCCCGUGACUCCUCCGCCGGGUAAACUGACGAGCUCCGUGCUGCCUCUCGAAAUCAGUGAGAGUCGAGCGGAUGAACUUCCGCUUGUGCUGUCACACCGGGAGGAUGAACGACCACAAAUGUAGCCCCUUAUUCCAGAAGCCGAGAGGACGGUCGAGGAUUAUAAAAUGCAUCUACGUGGUGGGCUUCUUGGACUUGUUUGGCGUGAGCAUGAUCAUACCGCUGCUGACCCAUCACGUGAAGAGCCUCGGAGCGAGCCACACCGUGGCUGGUGUUGUAGGAUCGACGUAUGGGAUAUUACAGCUCUUCUCAAGCACGGUCGUUGGGAGCUGGAGUGACGUGGUGGGCCGCCGGUACUCCCUGCUGACCUGCCUGCUGCUGAGCGCCGUCGGCUACGGCCUGCUCGGGAUGUCCACGAGCAUCACUCUGUUUGUCCUCGCACGGAUCCCUGUGGGGCUGUUCAAGCACUCGCUGUCCAUCUGCAGAGCGCUGCUGUCUGACCUGGUGUCCGAGUCCGAGCGCCCUCUGGUCAUGGGACACUUCAACGCAGCCUCCAGUGUCGGCUUCAUCCUGGGUCCCAUGGUGGGCGGCCACCUCACGGAGCACGAAGGCGGCUUUUAUAUUUCCGCCUUCACCUGUGCCGCCAUCUUCCUCACCAAUGCAGGGCUUGUGUGGAUGCUACCGUGGAGCGAGACGUUAAUUCACCGUGAGGACAAGGACUCCGGCAACGACACAAGCAGUAAGUCGGUUCCCAAUGGCUCUGGCGCAAACAGUCACCGCCCGGUGUCGGCAGCAGAGGCCGACUCAGGCUCCAGAGCUCCAGGGCAGCAGCGAGGUGACCUCAGGUGGUGGGAGGUGUCCCUGCUCCAGCCUGCCUGGAGACAGCUGUCCUCAGUGGGCUCCAAGAUCUACAUGGUGGCCUCCUCGGACAUGUGGGACCUCUUCCUCAUGCGUCUUCUGAUGGCUAUAGCGAUCAUUCUUUACCACAGUAACUUCUCUCUGGCGAUGGAGGAGCGUUUCUCACUUAAACCGAAGGUGACGGGCUAUCUGAUCAGCUACAGCAGCACCUUAGGGGCCCUGGCUGGUUUCCUGGUGGGGCCCAUCACCCGGCUGUAUGGGAACAACAUGCCUGCUCUGAUGCUCCACUCCACCGUUCUCACAUGUUCACUCAUUUUCCUGUACGCCACCGCGCCCAGUGUGUCGCAGGUGGUGCUCAGCUCCACCUUCUUUGCCAUUUCCACCACUAUCGGACGGACAUGCAUCAUAGACAUGGAGCUGCACAGAGGAGGGGCCCAGGGCAGUGGGACUCUGAUCGGAGCCGGGCAGUCGGUUACAGCAGUGGGUCGAGUCCUGGCCCCUCUCCUCUCUGGUCUGGCCCAGGAGUUCAGCCCUUGUGGCCCCCCCAGUCUGGGCGUGGUCUUGGCUCUCGCAGCUGUAGGUUUAAUGCUCAAUAGGAUCCCCAAAUGGGACCGGAAAGGGAUGACGAAAGAAAACAAAACUGAGUGACUGAUUGAACUUGCAAUCCUUCCAUAUCUACCACACAGAAGUGCACUUAUUUUUGUAGGCAGCCCAGUGUGACGUCGUGUGAAGAUAAACAGCAGGCUCACAGCGGGGGUGAUACUGUUCUGCUCGGAUACCUCCCGGCAGUCGUUAUCUGCGGAUGCGACAACAUCACGGGCUUCAAAUGGCUCUUCACCAGCAGUAGCGCUGCAGCACAUCUCUCAGGAGAAGCAUUGAGGUGAAGUUAUAGCUGAGAAGUUUCAUCUGCGUCCCCCUGCGCUGAAGUCUGAUCCAACAGAAACGUGAGGGCCUUGUGUCGGCACCCGCUACUCGGGUCAACUUGGAAAAGCUUGGAAACAAUGCACACUUGAAUUUGUUUGUCAUUUUUUAACCACUACAUUGUGCAAAGUCCUCGUUGGAGUUACUGUGAACCUGCUGAUACACUAAAAAGGCUAAAUAACAUUCUAAUUAAAACGAUGGCCUUUCAGGCGGUAACGCUGAGACUGUUCAUAAAGGAGCUGAACCCCCCCCCCCCAGGGUAGGUCACGUUGUUUUCUAGGAGAAAGCAAGUUAGCCAUAAUUAGUUGGUUAAUUAAUAUUUUACCUCAAUGAGUUGUUUUUAUGAAUGCACUAUAUCCAAAAAUGGUUCUUACGGUGGUAGCCUAUAUGACUAAAUGUUUGUCCUUAAUUUUGCAUUUAGAAAUGUUUAUUUUUCUUAGGAUGUUUGUUUAAUCAUAUUUGUAAUUUUUGUUUUAAAAAGGGGACCGAUUUUUAGGCUCAUACUUAUACAUUUGGUUACUAGAAUAUUUUUACAAGUCGUCAUGUCCGAAACACAUUACAGAUUAUUUUUGACACAUUGUCUGUCUUAAUAUACCUGACAUCAUCCUCUGUCCAUGAAGUAGAAAUAUAUCAAUAUUCUUCUGAUCAUGCAUCCUAAUCUGAAUGGCUUUUUGCAUCACGUUUAAAUGAUCCGUCUGUAUAACAGUAUAAACUGCAUUAUAUAUUUUUUUUUGAAAGCCCAAAUUCCCCCUGGUUCAGAGUGAGACUUGUAUUGAUUAUCAGUUAAUCCGUAAAGAACAUGCCAGAUUCAUGCCAAAAUCACAAGAAAUAACAUUUGUAUGCGAGUCUUGAGCUGUAAAUGACACAUGGAUGUUUCAUUUAACUCUUAUAGACUGAACUUACUUCCCUUUUCCUCUAAAGGCAGUGCCUUCACUUUCAUAUUUAGAAACUUGUGUCCAUGGUG